CAAACCUAAUCAUCAAUAAUUCAAUCAAACCUUGGGAGUUUGCAACAUCUUUCUCUCAGACCUAUUCUUUUCUCUCUUCUCCCCUUCUUCCUAGCAAGCAGGCUCUCACUAUAUAUUAAUUUAAUUUGUUGAAAUUAAAUAGAAAAAAGAAUAAUGAGCAACAUAAGCUUGGUAGAGGCAAGGCUUCCACCAGGGUUCAGAUUUCAUCCAAAAGAUGAAGAGCUUGUGUGUGAUUACUUGAUGAAGAAGUUCACGCACAAUGAAUCCCUUCUCAUGAUUGAUGUCGACCUCAACAAGUGUGAGCCAUGGGAUAUUCCUGAAACAGCAUGUGUGGGAGGGAAGGAGUGGUACUUCUACACACAGAGAGACAGAAAGUAUGCAACGGGUCUGCGUACAAACAGAGCAACGGCAUCAGGAUAUUGGAAGGCCACUGGCAAGGACAGGCCUAUCCUUAGGAAGGGCAGCCUUGUUGGUAUGCGAAAGACUCUUGUCUUCUAUCAAGGUCGGGCUCCCAAAGGCCGUAAGACUGAGUGGGUCAUGCAUGAGUUUCGCGUUGAACCUCCUCUUCCUCCCCCCAACACUACUUCUUCUAAGGAAGAUUGGGUGUUGUGUAGGGUAUUCUACAAGAACAGAGAAGUUGGUGGCAAACCUAAUAGCAUGGGAAGCUGUUAUGAUGACACGGGCUCUUCAUCUCUUCCAGCAUUAAUGGAUUCUUACAUCAGCUUUGACCAACAACAACAACCUCAAACCCAUCUUCAUGCUGAUGAGUAUGAGCAAGUGCCCUGCUUCUCCAUUUUCUCUCACACCCAAACAAGCCCUAUUUUCAACCACAUAAUGGAGCCUAAGUUAUUCCCUACCAACAACAACAACAAUAAUGCAACUUUAUAUGGUGGAGGAGGAACUACUACAACACCCAAUUUGGGUUCUUGCUUAGACCCUUUUUCAUGUGAUAGGAAAGUAUUGAAAGCUGUUUUGAGUCAGCUCACAAAUAUGGAAAGAAACAUACCUAAUAAUAAUAACAACAAUACAAAUAGUAUAAAAGGGUCACCAAGUUUAGGAGAAGGUAGUUCUGAGAGUUACUUAUCUGAGGUUGGCAUGCCCAACUUGUGGAACAAUUAUUGAUGUGGUAGUCCCUAUAGGCUUUGUAAUUUGUUUAUAUACUUUCCCCCAAAAUUAAUUUAUCCAUCCAUGUUCUUCAUAUGCCACAAGGAAGUGGAAAAAAUAUAUAUGAAGAAUCAAUAGAAUUUUGGAGGAGGGGGAAAUUCUCAUUGGAAUUUUAAGUCAUUGUGGUGGGUAUCUAGCGUUUCACCCAUUGUGUGCAUGUCCCCAAUAUAUUAGGAAAACGGGACUUGUAAUUCAAACUCAAAAAUAUUUGUAGUUAAUUUUAGUUAGUGGAUGAAUUGUUUCUUCUUGCCAAGUAA